AGGAUCUUUUCCAAGUCCUUCAGGGUCAAUCCUAGGAAACAGCUUCAUGGCCAGUUCUAAGGCUGUUGCUGUUUGUCCUGUCUUAGUCCUGUUUCUACUCUGCUCCGUGCAGAGCUUGCAGAUGACUUGAUGGUUUCAGCCCUCAGAGUAACGUCCUCAGCAUAGUUAUUGAUCUCCCUUCUUCCAGUUUUAAACCCUGCUAAUCUUGUUCCAGUCCAGCAUUCCUCAAUCCCCAUCACAAAGACCGGCAAAAAUGUGCUUGGGAAACAACUGGCUCACUCAGUCCGAAGAUCAGAAUCGUGAGAGCCACAGUAUCUCCCAGCACCCUCUACGGAAGCAGAAGUUGGACUCGGAAGAAGCAGGAGAGGAGAAGCAUGGAUGGCUUUGAACUUUGGUGCUGGAGAAGAUUCCUGAUUAUAUGGUGGACAGCCAAGUAAAAGAAUGGAUCCUGGAACAAAUCAGUCCCGAGUUCUGACUUGAGGCACAAAUAUUCAGGCUUAAAUUGCCAUAGUUUAGACCUCUUUUGCAAAGACCCAGCGGAGAGGGCUCUGAGGCUGGGAAAGGUGGAAGGAAAGAGAAGAGGAGGGCCAGCAACCUGCAGGGUGGACGAUGAAAGCACCAUGGGGAGAUUGGAGGACCAGGGAGGGGCAGUGAUCUUGCAGAGGGUCAAUGUGGUCACUAAGAGCUGAUGAUGCGCAACAGAAUCAAGCAAUCCCCUCCCAGAACCUGUGGCUCACUGCCAUUGAGGCAGCAAAGAGGCGCAUUCACUGUGGGGAAGCCAAUGAUUCGUGUCUCGCUGGGCCGGGGAAGUCCGCAGUGGGCGGCCGGCUCAGUCCCUGGAGAUGAAGCUUUUGGGUGCUCUGCAGGGCCAGAGUUGCAGGAAUUUGGGGCUGGGCUUGGCUGGCUGCUCCCCACCCACCAGAGAGUUACUUCUGCUUUCUGCCACCCCAGGAGAGCAUUGAGUAGACUCUGCCAGCUGGCUGCAGUUCCUUUUACUCUGCUGCUCCAGGGCUGCCCUAGGCAUGGUCUGAUGGCCGGGGACAUCACCUACGCUGACCUGAGGUUUGCAAGAAGCCCUCCGGAGAAAAACCAGGGGGAAGAGCCCAAUGAGGGGGAGCUCACCUAUGAGAACCUCCAGGUACCCUGGGGCCUAGAGAAAGAGGUGGCAGUGUGUGGCCCCCUACAGAAUACCCCAGAACUGCCCUGGUGGUCCACCUCCUGUCACUGCUGGAGUCCCGUAACAAACCGGCCAAUGCUGGGAGCCCUGGUUAUUUGUCUCUUCCUUCUGGCCACCAACAUUGCGCUUGGCGUCCAGUACUUGCAGGCCACCCAGCAACUCCAGCAAGCAUCUGAGGACCACGCAGCCAGGAACCACGUCCUGGGAGACAGAAUCUACGUCCUAAAAGCCAGCCUGGAAGACAGCCGGCACCUGCUGCUCCUGAUCGAGGAGGAGCUCAACUCCACCAAGAAGAAGCUCCACUCCACCCUGGUGGCUCUUUGGCAGAGCCAGGUGGCCGAGAACCGGACCCAGCGACAGCUGCAGCAUCAGGAGCUCCAGCUGGGCCAAGCCAACCGCAGCUUGGCUCUCCUGCAGAGCGAAAGGGUGAGCCUGGAGGUCAACCUCAGCCGGGCCACCUCCUGCCCGCAGAUUGGAUGCUGCCCCCCCGGAUGGACCCUCUUCCGCUGGAGAUGCCUGUGGAUGUCGAGCGAGAAGAAGAACUGGAAGGAUAGCAAAAGGGCCUGUGAGUUGAUGUCCUCGCGGUUGGUGGUCCUCCCGAAGCCGUGGACGGCACGAGAGCUCUGGGAGGUUGUUGGCAACCAGCGGUUCUAUGAGACUUUUUGGGUUGGACUUUGGAAUGCCAUGGAAACAGACUGGAUCUGGAAGUGGGUGGAUGGCUCCCGCUACAAAGGGAGAAAAGUUGUUUGCCGGGUUCAACAGGAACCUGUUCGAUCUUCCACUUGAUGCAGAGGUCAUCUCCCAGUUGAUGGCAGGGUAGUUCAAGUCCCCCGUUACAAUCAUGGUGUGUGCUUCCUACACACCUUAGCUAACCGAUUAGCCUUGGAGGAAGAGGCCUUGGAGGGGGUUGAACGUGGUCAAGACGUCUGCCUGUUGCCGCUUCAAGGGUUCAAGUUCAGGUGAGAGCUGGAGUCCGCAGAGCAGGUGACCAGCAAAGACUCACCUGGUUGCCACUGUCUUUCCAAAUGGUGCCCUAAGGACCUUCCCUGGUUAAAGAGGGCAGAGACUGUCCCUGGCAUAGAGAAGCAUCAGCUCUGCAGGGAGAUGUUUAGGCCCUGAUGCCCCCACCCACCCAGCCCAGUUUUGCAUUUCCUAGCCCAGAGCUCUUACCUAGGCUCUUUGCAUGACUUACUGGGGGGCGGGAGCAUUUUAUCUGGAUCUCCCUGGAGAGAUCAGAUUUAACCUGUUUUAUGAACUGAAACAUAUGCCAACUGCUGUACUGCUCUUUCUUGGAACCUCAUUUGUCCUUUCUUACCUUUUAUUUCUCUUGCAAUAAGGAUCUCAACAGCUGUCAGUCCCCCAAAUCUCUCUGGGACCCAUGGAAGACCUGUUUGCUCCCUUCUUAGUUAAUUUGUUUGCUGUGGUUUUAUAUUGCUCUACUGCAAUGGCUCAGUGGUUAAAAACGCUGAAGUUGUCAGCUGGAAAGCUGACAGCCCAGGUUCAAGAUCCGAGCGCCACGCGAUGGGUCAGUGCCCGUUACCUGCCCCAGCUGCUGCCCACUUAGCAGUUUGAAAGCCUGCAAAUGUGAGUAGAUAAAUAGGUGCUACUUUGGUGGGAAUGGAACAGUGUUCCAUGGGCCAUGGAGUAGAGCCAUGCCGGCCAAUGACCCAUGGAAGCAUCUUUGGACAAUACUGGCUCCCUCAGCUAAGAAACAGAGAUGAGCAGCAGCCCCUGGAGUUAGACAUGACUGGACAGGGGAAACUUUUACCUUUAUUUCCCAGGUGAGAGAGCCAGUUUGCUGCACUGGUUCAAGGCCUCAGACUGGAAGAAUGUGAGUCCCAAUCUUGUUUCAGGUGACCCAGGGCUGGUACCCCUUCCCAGCCCUGGGGAGAGGGAGGGGAGAGCAGGGCCCCUCUGAAGCUGCAACAGAGGAAGGUGUCAAGAGUGGCUCAAAGGCACCACAACAGGGGUGCAGUGAAAAGCUUGUCGUAUUUUGAGGGAAGCAAUGCCCGCAGAGAGGGUUGCCAUUGCACACCUUUUAACACAAGUCUCACGUUUGCAUGGCACAAGGAUCCCCACUCUUGUCUUUGCGUUUGCUCAGCAGCGUCAAACUCUCUUGCCCCGUUUCUGACGUCGUUUAUCUGCUGGUAGUUCAGUCCACUUUGGAAACUCAGCGGCAGCAGAGUUUGUGUUUCACCUUCAGUAGAGAAAGAAAGCAAUCUGUGCAGAUGUUGACUUUGGGGUUUCUUCAUACGUGUCUUUUGAACAUUUCAGAAGUGAAACUCUGCAUGAUGAAUAUUAUACACUCUAUGCAGCCAUGCAGAAUGGACAAUUGUCACCAAAGGGCUCUUCGUGGAAGUUCAGAUUCAUCUGCGAGAGGGUAGCCAGUCCUGAGGAGCCGCUGCUGAGCG